AUGAUUAAUUUUAUUUAAUUUAAUGGCAGGAGGCUUUUAUGCUAACAACAAAACAUACAACGAGUUUCUCACAAGAAGAAAAAGACUUACAAGCAGUUACAACACUAGGAGAAGAACAGCAAGUAGCUAAAGCUCAACCUCAACCUAGCUUGAAGCGUGCAAAACGUUUUGAUCUAGAUGGUGGAUUAUUGAGUAUCAUAACAGAUGUUAUGGCAGCAGGUGCUAUGGAAAAUGAAGGAGUAUUUAAUGCUAUAACAAAUGUUAUAACAAAUAAGGAAUUAUUGAAUACUAUAGCAAAUAUGACAACAAAUGAUAAUACUACAGAACCUAUCACAGAAGGAGCUAUGAAAGCCAAUGGUGGCUGGACUCCUUUACAUUCUGCUGCUUAUUUUGGUCAAUUGGAUAUUGUCAAAUUCCUUAUUAAUACUAGAGGUGCUGAUUUUAAUGCCAAAACCGAUCAGGGUUGGACUCCCUUACUCUUAGCUGUUCAAAAGGGUAAUUUAGAUGUUGUCAAAUACCUAGUUGAUGAAAAGGGUGCUGAUUUUACUCUUAAAAAUAGUUAUGGUAAUACACCUUUACAUUUUGCAGCUUCUUCUGGUAAAUUGGAUGUAGCUAAAUACCUUAUUGAUGAAAAGGGUGUUGAUUUUAAUCUUAAAGAUAGUUAUGGCAAUACACCUUUACAUUUUGCAGCUUCUUCUGGUAACUUAGAUUUAGUGAAAUACCUAGUUGAUGAAAAGGGUGCUGACUUUAAUCUAAAAAACUAUCAUGGUAGGACUUCUUUACAUAAGGCUGCUAACAGUGGCAACUUAAAUGUUAUGGAAUAUCUGAUCGACACUAAAGGGGCUGAUUUUAAUCUUAAAGACAGUUAUGGCUGGACACCUUUACAUUUUGCAGCUUAUUUUGGUAAAUUGGGUGCAGCUAAAUACCUUGUUGAUGAAAAGGGUGCUGAUUUUACUCUUAAAGAUAGUCAUGGCAAAACUCCUUUACAUCGGGCUGCUGAAGGUGGUAAGUUGGAUGUAGUAAAAUACCUUGUCGAUCAAGGAGCUGAUUUUACUCUUAAAGAUGGUUUUGGCAAGACUCCUUUGUACCUUGCUGUUCAAAAUAAUCAUCCAGAUCUUGCUAAAUACCUUGUCGAUCAAGGGGCUGAUUUUAAUCUUCCAGACAAUGAUGGCAUUACUCCUUUACAAUUGGUUACUUCUUUUGGUAACUCAGAUUUAUUUGAAUCAGAAGGAAAAAAUCGUUCUCGCCGCGAUGUUCAAAAAGACAUGGAGAAGAUUUUAGAGCUCCAGAAGAUGGAAAUGGCUAAUAUUAUUAAUAUAACUGGAACAAACAGUAAGGCAACAAGUGGAGCAGGCAGAGCAACAUUAUGGAUGCCUCAAUUUAUCAGAAGUAUGGUUCAAGGAGUAUAUGGUUUGAUUAGUGCAAAACCAGUAAUAAGUGCAGUAAUAGGGCAUGGAAGAGGCAACCAAAAAACUAUCAAUCCAUCUAGCACAGAAGCGUGUGUGCAGGGUAAUGCCAGUGUACUGCUGCUCUUGGCACAAAACUUUUCUGAUAGAAAUUGUCCUAAGUUUCGGGAUGUAACUUUUGAAGAAACACAAAACGAUGUACAAAGCAAUGCACUAAAUAUUACAGACAAGUUUGAAGAAUGUAUAAGAGAGAAGUAUGGUAUACGGGCAUAUGAGUCAAUAGACCUUUUUGAAAUGCAUUUAGAAAUAUCUAAAGCUAUGAUUAAUGGUAGUUGCAGCAAAGUUCCAGGUAUAAUCCUCUCGUAUGCAACAUCUAUAGUAGGGUCAAAAAAAGCUGAAGUAAUCACUUUUCAAGUUCUUGAGUCUGUAGCUAAUGCGGUAAAUCAGACGAGUGAGCUACCAACUUGUUUACAUGAUGUAACAGUAGAAAAUGGUCUACGUAAUCAUGGCAAGGAAGCUGUAUGA